AUGACUUUAAAAGCCGUUGCCGUUCUUCGCGGUGAUAAAAAAUUUGAAAGUGAUGCAAGAGGUAUUGUCAAAUUCACGCAGGAGAAAGAAGAUGCGCCCACUGUUAUCGACGUGGAUAUAGAAGGGUUAUCCCCUGGUAACCAUGGAUUUCAUGUUCAUGAGUUUGGUGAUAACACUAGUGGAUGUACCUCGGCCGGCGAUCAUUAUAACCCCCUAAAUAAACAACAUGGUGCACCUCAGGAUGAAAAUCGUCAUCUCGGUGAUUUAGGAAAUCUCAUGGCUUCUAACGAUGGCACUGUAAAAACUAUAAUUGAGGAUAAAUGCAUUACCUUGUUUGGUCCUCACUCGGUAGUUGGGCGUACGAUAAUUGUUCACGCUGACAAAGAUGAUCUUGGCAAAGGGAAUCAUCAUCUUUCUCUUUCCACCGGGAACGCUGGUGCACGUGUUGCGUGUGGAGUAAUCGGUAUUUCGAAAUGA